UUUCAAUUCGGAAAAGGUGAAAUUCCAACAACAUCAAAAUAACCAUAACAAAAUAAAAACAUUAAAAACAUAUUACAUUGGCCAUGUGUAUGAAUCAUGGCACACAUUAGUAAUAUUCAUGUGAAUUAAUGAAUACACAAAAGACUAAAAUCAUACAUAGAACGACGGGAAAAAAGUGAAUCUAAUAAAUAAACAAAUAGCAAGACCGAGAAAAUGCGUUACCAAGAAAGAGAGAAAAACAGAAGAACAAAAACAAAAAUGAGAGAAAAACAAUUACGAUCGAAGCAAUAGACGACGACAAACGACGACGGCUAUUCACUUGAUGACGAAAAUAAAACAGAAAAAAAACACUCACACAUAACAACAACAAUAACACCGAAUAAACGAUAACGGGCCAACGGAAUGAUUUUAAUACGUUUAUUGGCUAUUUGCUUAGUGUGAACGUUAAUCGUUGUGUGUGCUGUGCAUUGUACGUAGCAUAGAGCAUAAGACACACACAAUUACUGUGUGUUUUUUUCUCUCGUGUAUUUGUCGAAACGGCAGCGCAACAGUGGAGUUUCGGUGCGAUAGUGAGAGCUCUGCCUCUGUAUAUAUAUAUAUAUAUUACAAGCCAUAGAACUGGCACAGUCAGUCAUUCGUCAAAUAGAUUUUCGAAGUGAUACUUCAUCGACAAAUACAGCAAAACUCAACACAACACUAGCAGUCUGCAACUAGCAGCAGUGCAUAGAACAUCUCUCGUUUCAAACAAGUUGGAACAAAAUCAAGGAAUCAUUCAAAAAAUUCAACCAAGUAAACGCAAAGGAAAUCAAUUCAAAGAAGGUCAAUUUUAUUCGCUGGAACUUUCAACCAAACACAAGAUACAAGACACAAAACUUUGGUCAUUGGCAGUUAAUCGUUGUAUGGGUAAGUCGAUGUUAUUGUUUUUCUUUCUCUUUCUUUCAUAUAUUUUCAAGCUUAUUUUGCUCUUUGCAUUUCCCUUUCAUUAUACAUAUUUGGCACACUGAAAUGCGUAUGUGUGUGCCGUCAUAUGAUGAAAUGUUCACUACAACACGUUCUUGUUAGAUUGAACGAGAGAAUGCACGAACGCACGAGUGAGUAGCAACGACGUUUUCACGACUUGAACGCAAUACUCUUUUUUCGCUUUUCACUUUUUGCUACACGGUGAAACCACGUUUUGACUGUCUUAAUCGCAGUCAGCUGUUUCAUUGUAAACGCUUGUUUCUUCGAUUCAUAUGUUCCAAUAUCUCUCUCUCUCUCCCUCUCUCUCUCUCUCGUUCGCAUAUAGCAUAACCGUAUGCUCACGCUCUGCGCCACAAUUUAGUCAUACACACUCUCAUAUGUGUGUGCACACAGUGUGUAGUCAUUUAAAAACUGGCCAUAGAGAUACAGAUUCAGAUAGCGAAUGUGAAGCAGAGUAGUGUUUUUCGAAACACUCACAAAAUUGUACGACGUAAAAUAAAUAACAAGCUCAUUCACUUUAAUAUCCCUUUGUCUUACUCGAAUUUCAACAACAUUCCGAAUUUCACAAGUCAGCGCAAUUUCUAGCGAAAUGAUAUGACGACCACGGCAACGACGACGACAGACACAGCAAAACCCAAGAGCCGAAGUCGAAACACACGCAUGAUUCAAUCGAUGAGUCAUUAACAUUGCGAUCAUUGUGUUACUGUGUUAUCGUGCUCAACAGCUGCCCCAACCCAGUCAUAUCCGUUAGAUUUUGUAUGUCUGUGUGUAUGCGCACCGAUGUUUUUUUUUCUUCAUUUUUUAAAUAACUCCAAACUCCAAAUGGGUCAACAUCGAGUUAGAAUCGUGUAUCGGUUUUUCCAAUUAUCGUUGCUGCUUUUGUUAUAGUUCUACACAUCGGAAAUUAUAGCAAAGUAAUUUUCAAAUUGCGCGUCGACAAUUCAACGGUAAUUUGCUUUUAUUUUCAUUUUCCUCGCGGUUUCGGGGGCAAGUCAAUGUUGAUGAUAUCAACUGUCCCAAAUAAAAACGGUGAAUAAUGAGCGAACGCGCGCGCAAGUUGGAAAUAAAACUAUCGUAGGCGAAAUAAUGAUGCAUGCUCGCUCGUUCGCUCACUGGCUCGUUCAUUCUUGUUUAUUCUUUCUUCGACUCGACUCGACCCUUCAUUUCAAGUCCGAGUGGAACCACUUGUUGAGCGGGUGAAAAACACAGCACAUUCGUGUCGAGGUCUCUUCUAGUUGUUUCUCGUUUUUGUUAUUCACGUUGCGCUCACACAAAUCCAAUGCUGUAACCUGAUCGAUUCUCCAGUUUGAAUCACUUUAUCGUGGUCGCACGCGCGCACACACACUUUGUAUGACGCAAAUCGAAUAUGAUUUCCGAGUACUUUCAAAUAUAGGUAUUUGCGUAAUUGUUUACGAAUUUCCAUUGUAUCUAAUUGAGUCAAUCUCAAUUCAAUUAGAUAUCCGUCGCAGAAAUCGCGUUGCUGCUGUUGUUAUUGUUUUUUUUUUAAUUUUAUUAAGGUGCAAUUAAAUAGCUGACUUAAUUUUUGCGCAUUUAGUGAUGUCGUCAUGUGUUUUGUGUGCAGAUUGAAGAGUCGGUACGUCUGCUCUUCAUUAAAUUCUCAGCGAAGCAAAAUUCCAUCUCGUUUUUCGCAAAGCAUCACGAAACAAAUGAGCACAGCCGACAAAUUAUGCAGUUUGCAUUUUGGGAAUGAUGCCAAACAGAAAUGAUCUAAAGCGUAGAUUCAAUUUUCUUGGAUCACUUUCAAUUAUUUUUGUGCGCAAAGGCUUUAUUUUCAUAGUUUUUUUCCUCUUCUCCUUUGCCCGGAUACCAAAAAGAAAAAGAAACGAGCGAAUAGAAUCGAGUAAACUGGAUUCAUACAAUAAAUUGGAUAUUGAUUCAUACAAUAAAAAAAUGUGUCAUCAUCGUUACGAACUUUCGAUAUUGCGAUGUUGAGCGCAAUGCUAAACGACAUCAUAAAUGGCAUUCAGAGAUAAUAAUAAACCAUUCCGAAUUCCAUGAAAUUGGCGUGUGAUAAAAAGUGAAUAGUGAGGGGCGCAUACUUGAGAAUGGUGUCAGCACCGGCGGUUGACGCUUUUUCUGUCAAUAUUCUCAAUGGGUGUCGCGUGACUUGAUGAGUUAUUUGCUUUCUUGUGUGCGGUGAACAACAACAACACGCCGUCAUCAUGGAAUGACACUUGUGUGUAUGUGUCAUCAAAUGCGAAAGGUGUAAAAAGUGUCGUCUUGUGUAUCGUGAAAAAAGAUCAGUUAAUAGUGGAGACGAGCCUGGCCUGUGUAAAACUCAGGCCUUGUUUGAUCCAAGUGACAUUGCAGCUGCACUCAAAAUAACGGACUCAGGUAUUUGUAAUAAUGGUGGCUACGUACCGACGGUUGGUCGAUGGGGAAAUGAAUGGCCAAGUUGACUCGCCGUCGCGAGCUUCGGUGAGAAACGACGGCUGAGCCACAGAACUCAGCCGAAUGAUGUUGGUGUCUGCCGUAACCAAUUGGUAUCGGGCGAUGUGAAUGUGUCACUGAAACCAUCAUCGCAAUCGUCGCCGAAAUGGCCAAUGUUGCCAUCGAAUCGGUGUCGUGUGAAUGUGGUCGACAAAGAAACACCAUCACCGUCGCCACCUCUGCCGUCGAAUAUGGUUACCGCAGACGAAGAUUUAGCCAAUCAGCUGCAGUUCUUACUUAAGACGAAAUGGACUAUCGACAAGGAUACAUACAAUUCAGACGCGUUUGAUCAGUGUGAGGGUGCUUGGCCCAUUGCUCACCCAUUGCCGCUUCCAUUGUGGUCAAACACUAUCAAACAACCUUAUAUCGUUGACAACAUUUGGCAAUAUGAAGACCUUGUUGCGUUGAUUGAUGUCAUUGUACAUCGAUUGCUGGAGGAAACCCAUUAUAAUACCGUCAAUAAUUUUGUGGAUUUUUUUAAAUCGUACAAGCGCUCCGGGACAACCGAUUUGCGUGCAUUUUUCCAAUCGUAUACACCCCCAAUCAAUCGCCGUGAUCACAUGUGCGUAUCGUUGGCAAUGGAGGUGGUAUCACGCAUCUCAGAGGUUUGUCCCCAACUCAGUGACCAUUUGUAUUUGGUGUCAUGCGAAGAGGCCGUCGAAUCAAUUCAACAGUACAUCUUGAAUUGCAAGCAGCUCGGCAUCGAUAAUGCCAUGUACAAUUUGGAGAAGGAGCAUUCAUUGGUGGCAAUGCGAAUCAUUGUGGCCGGUCGUGAGGGUAUCAUGCUAUUAGAUCCUGGCUAUCAUGUUGCACGCGCCGUUACGGCCAUGAAAGAUCAAUGCUAUCCGCAUACAGGCUGGUUCAUUCAAUCACAAGAGCCGCAUUUGAAACGUGAAUACUGCUACAAAUUCAAUCAGUUCAACGAUGAAUUCGUUGAAUGGAGCGAACGCACCACCCGUGGCGAUCAACAGAAUCAUGAAAUUUCAUUGAUUUACGUGAAAACACCGUAUCGUACCGCCAUUGAUGUGACCGUGCGACGGAAUUUGGUGUACAAUUUCCGAUCGUUGUUGUCACGUGAUGCUAAAGGUCGUGUUUGUGCUGGUAUCUACUUUCCAGUUACGCAGGACGGUGGCGAUGCAACACUCACGCUCUUCUAUGAUGGAUCGAACGGGCAAAGCACCAAAAUUAAAGCGAAAUUUAACACCUUCGCUGAUGAACAUAAGAUUCCUGAAGCCAUGAUGAACCAUUUGGAUAACUUAUCGGCCCAAAUUUCCCUUUGCAAACAGGACUUGUGUGCUCUGCUGAAACAAUUGUGUGAAACCAUGUCGGAUCGUGAUUUUGUCAAGCAAUUGCUUACAAUCAACGAUCACAUCACCGCUAUGUCAGCCGAUAAUUAAACGGAACAAUUCAUACACUCACACACACACACACACACACAAAAACACUUUUGCUUCACUUCAGAGAAAAGAAAUUCCAUUUAGAGAUAUUCUUCAAGGGAAAGGAAAAUAAAAUCAUAUUUCUUUAAUGCAACAAGUAAUUUUGUAGCUUAAAAUCAGCUUAGUAUUCACACAAGUUAUAUGUGCUUAUAAAAAUAUCUGCUAUCAGCGUGUCAAAUGUAAAAUCCUAUUCAAAGUCCAAAUAAAAAUGAAAAUAAAAAUACUAUAAAAAAA